AUGUACUGGCAAGCGGGUGUGGAAAACAAACCAACACUGUUUCUGUUCACGGAUACUCAAGUGGUCGAGGAAUCAUUUCUGGAAGACAUAAACAACAUGCUCAGUUCCGGCGAAGUGCCCACCCUAUAUAAGCCGGAUGAAUUUGAAGAAGUUCGUCAGGCGCUGAUGGACGAUGCCAAACAGGAUGGUGCACCGGAUUCUGUUCAGGCGCGUCCGCGUGACGGUGUUUAUCGAUCGUUCGGAUCUGACAUCUCACUCCACUCACCCGCUUACCAGUCAAUCGCGAAUAUCGUUCACCCGUUAUUGCUACAGGGCCCAUCGAUAGACCGAAUGACCGCGGCUUUGGUGACCACUGUAGAAAAAAGGACCACAUUCGAGUGCCUCACAUUUCAGGGCAUUUUUCAAUAUUUCAUCGAUCGUGUUCGUUCCAACCUGCAUAUUGUGCUCUGCAUGAGCCCGAUUGGUGAACCGUUCCGUAACCGGAUGCGCAUGUAUCCAGCUUUUGUGAAUUGCACGACCAUUGAUUGGUUCAGUGAAUGGCCCAUGGAGGCUUUACUUGAAGUGGCCGAUAAGUAUCUGAGUGAGGUCAUUCUCAUCGUCGGUGAAGCCGAUGAAAAACUACGCUCGAGUGUGGCCAAAAUCUUUGCAUCGAUGCAUCGUUCAGUGUCUGAUAUGGCCCUGGUCAUAUUGGCUGAGUUACGUCGACACAUCUACGUGACACCAACAAAUUAUCUGGAGCUUGUAUCCGGAUACAAAUCACUUCUUUAUCAGAAACGUCAAGAACUGAGUGAUAAGGCUGACAAACUUCACAAUGGCUUGGGAAAAAUCGAUGAAACACGAGAGAAGGUUGAAGUCAUGUCUGUGGAAUUGGAAGAAACACGCAAAAAAGUGUCUAGUUUCCAGAAGGAGUGCGACGAUUUCCUGGUCAUUAUUGUUCAACAGAAACGCGAAGCCGACGAACAAGCCAAGUCUGUGAUGCAAACACAAGAGAAAAUCAAAGUGGACGAAGCCAAAUGUAUGCACAUGGCUGAACUGGCUAUGGCCGAUUUGGCCCAAGCGAUGCCAGCCCUGGAAGCAGCGGUUCAAGCUCUUGAAGCCCUGAACAAAAAAGAUAUCAGUGAGAUCAAAUCCUACGGAAAACCGCCUUAUCUAGUUCAAAAGGUAAUGGAGGCUGUGAUGAUACUCCGUGGGUCUGAGCCCACGUGGACUGAAGCGAAAAGACAACUCGGCGAUCAGGACUUCAUCAAACAGUUGGUGAAUUUCGACAAGGACAACAUCAACGAUCGAACAUUGAAGAAAAUUGGACAGUAUUGUGCGCAAGAUGAUUUUCAUCCGGACGUAGUUGGAAAAGUAUCUAGCGCUGCAAAGUCCCUGUGCAUGUGGGUCCGUGCCAUUGACGUAUACGGUCGCGUUUAUCGAGUGGUGGAACCCAAACGUCAAAGGUUGCAACAAGCGGAGGCUGUCCUGCGUGAGAAACAGGAAUUACUGGCUCAAGCGCAAGCCAAAUUGGACGAAAUUAACGCCGAGAUUCUUCGUCUUCAAAACGAAUACAAUGCUAAGAUGGAACAAAAAGAGGAGCUCCGCAAACGGGCCGAGCACACGGAGAAAAUGCUCGACCGUGCGAGUAAACUGGUCAGCGGUCUGGCCGGCGAGAAAAAUCGCUGGGAGGCCACGGUUCGCGAAUGGAAUUUGCAAGGUUUGCCCAGGGACGGUUUCUCGGUGGAAAACGGUGUGAUUGUGACUCGCGGAACACGUUGGCCACUCAUGAUUGAUCCGCAGGGUCAGGCUCAGCGUUGGGUCAAGUCUAUGGAAGGAAAAAAAUUACGCCUGAUUGAUUUACAAAUGCCAGACUAUAUACGCGUAUUGGAGUUGGCCAUACAACAUGGCUUUCCGGUGUUGCUACAAAACGUACAAGAGCAACUAGAUCAAGCAUUGGAUCCGGUAUUGAACAAGUCACUGAUCAAAAUUGGCGGGGUUAUGAUUAUGAAGCUUGGUGACAAAGAAGUAGAAUACAAUGACAAUUUUAAAUUUUACAUCACUACCAAACUACCGAAUCCGCAUUAUACGCCAGAGAUUAGCUCGAAAGCAGCACUGGUCAACUUUGCAGUAAAACAACAGGGCUUGGAAGCACAACUACUCGGGAACGUGGUACGCAAAGAGCGUCCGGAGUUGGAGGAACAGAAAGAUAGUUUAGUGAUUGGAAUCGCUGCUGGGAAACGUAAACUGGCCGAAUUGGAAGAUGAAAUUUUACGCUUGUUAAAUGAGGCUCAAGGAUCAUUGUUGGACGAUGAGCAACUGGUAAACACGCUGCAAACUUCCAAAGUAACAUCUUCGGAAGUGACGGAACAACUUCAAGUGGCUGAAAAAACUGAAAUCCAAAUUGACACCGCUCGAGAAGGUUAUAGACCUUGUGCUCAACGUGCGUCCAUUCUGUUCUUUGUACUAAACGAUCUUGGCCGUAUUGACCCAAUGUAUCAGUUUGCUCUGGAUGCCUACAUUGAUUUGUUCAAUCUGAGUAUCGACAAAAGCCCGCGGUCCGGGAAACUGGAUGAUCGUAUCAUUCAUCUGAACGACUAUCACACGUACGCGGUGUAUCGUUACACGUGUCGCGGUCUGUUCGAACGUCACAAAUUGUUAUUCUCCUUCCAGGUUUGCAUAAAAAUUCUGGAAGCCGCAGGCAAACUGAAUCAAGAUGAGUACAGUUUCUUUUUGCGCGGUGGUGUCGUGCUGGAUCGAGAGAACCAGUUUGACAAUCCCUGUACUGGUUGGUUAAGUGAACAGUGUUGGGAUAACAUUACAGAAUUGGAAAAAUUGGCCAAUUUUCACGGUUUGGUUACUUCGUUCGAACAAUACCCGCGAGAUUGGAAUGCCUGGUUCACAUCACCGGAACCGGAAAACAGCGCGUUACCCGGUGAAUGGGACAAUAACACAAAUGAAUUUCAACGUAUGCUAAUCGUGCGUUCUUUACGUCCGGAUCGAGUCUCAUUCUGUGCGACUAGUUUCAUCACAAACAAUUUGGGCAGUCGUUUCGUCGAACCACCCGUGUUGGACAUGAAACAGGUUGUCGAGGAUAGUACCACACGAACACCCCUGAUUUUUGUUCUCUCAACCGGUGUCGAUCCUACUACCGGUUUACUUCAGUUGGCUGAGAAUUGUGGAAUGGGUAAAAAGUUUAACGCUCUAUCUCUCGGACAAGGUCAGGCUCCCAUUGCGACACGUCUGAUCCGCGAGGGGAUACGUGAGGGCAAUUGGGUAUUCUUGGCGAACUGUCACCUAUCGCUGUCCUGGAUGCCACAGUUGGACAAAAUUGUAGAACAGUUGGCCCUGGAAGAGGCCCAUGCAGAGUUUCGCCUAUGGCUUUCAUCUAGCCCGAAUCCUGCGUUUCCUAUAUCAAUUUUGCAAGCCGGGAUCAAAAUGACCACUGAACCACCCAAAGGGAUACGUUCCAAUAUGAAACGUCUAUAUCAUUUGAUCAAGGAGGACCAAUUUACCACAUGUCACAAACCGGAAAAGUACAAAAAGCUGCUCUUCUGUCUCUGUUUCUUCCAUUCAAUUCUACUGGAACGUCGUAAAUUUCUCAUGCUUGGCUGGAAUAUUCCGUAUGAGUUUAAUGAUUCUGACUUCGAAGUGUCCGAACACCUGUUGACCAACUAUCUGGAUCAGUAUGAAGAGACGGCAUGGGAAGCUUUGCGUUACUUGAUUGCCGAUAUAAAUUACGGUGGUCAUGUAACUGAUGAUUGGGAUCGUCGACUAUUGGGCACAUACAUUAGUGAAUAUUUCAAGGAAGAUGUACUGAAAGAACCAUUCUACAAAUUAUCUUCGUUACCACACUACUACGUGCCUCGGGAUGGCACACUGAACGCUUAUCGCGAAUUUGUCUCUAUGUUGCCACAAAUCGAUCAUCCGGAGGCAUUCGGGCAGCAUCCGAAUGCGGAUAUCACGUCACAGAUUCAGGAAACCAGAAUGCUACUUGAUACACUGCUUUCUCUACAACCCCAGGUUUCCAGUACAGCUGGCGUGUCUCGUGAGGACAAAGUCCUAGAGCUUAUCGAUAAUCUACAGAAACAACUGCCUGAAGAUAUUGAUUAUGAAGGUACAGCCAAAAUCUUUGCCAACGAUCCUUCUCCUCUGGUGGUGGUUCUACUGCAAGAAAUUCAACGAUACAAUGCACUGCUUGACUUAAUUCGAACUCAACUAAUUGAUUUGAACAAAGGAAUUCAAGGUUUGGUGGUGAUGUCUGCGGAACUGGAGGCGGUGUUCACAGCUAUCUUUGACAAUCAUGUACCGGAACAUUGGGGAAAGGUAUGGUAG